AUGAACUACGAAGAUAUACUUUUUGGCUUGCAACCAUUACUAAAUGCACAAUCGAUUACCGAUGUUCCGUUACAAACUGUUUACUUAGACAGUUAUUUAACUGUAUUGGACCAAUUGGCAGUUAGCUUGAGAUCUCCUUCAAAUAGAGAUAUCGUAGGACAAACCGGUCUGCUUUCUAAUCUACUGAGGGUCCUUUCCGUUAUCUUAGAUAUGGGAUUCAAAGAGGAGACAUUGAACAAUAACAAGAUAGCAUACUUUAAAUUAGCCAAUGAAUUGAUUAGAUGUAUCGCAAAUGCUUUAGUAGAUAAUGAUGCUAACAGAGAAAUAUUUAUCGGGAAACCUACAGAAAGUGAUCUUUCCAAGAGGAAUGUAAUGAUUGACUAUUAUGUCGGUAGAAUAUUGAGUUUAAUGGACUUACCAAAUGGUGCUGAGGAAGAAUUACUUUCAUCUUUACAGACAAAAACAAUAAUAUUAAUAAGAAAUCUAUGUUUAGAUAACGAAGCUUACUACAAGAGGGUAGCAACAUAUGUUAGAGGCCCCUUAUUCACUUUACUCAAGAAUAGUAGACAUGUGUUCUUAGAUGAUAUCGAGACUGUGGUAUUAAGCUCUGAAUUACUAGAAGAACUAAUUGAAGUAUAUUCUGAUGGUUUCACAAUUGAGGAUAUUUUAUUCUUUGCUCAAACGGUUUCUCUUGUUGCCAACACUGUACCAGAUGAUAUAGUUAUUUCUCAAGAAAAGGAUCAUGAAAAUGAAAUUGAAGAAGAUCCCAAUGUAGAAUUAUUAUACAAUAUUGUACAGAGUCUAGAGGUCAUCGUUACAAAAAAUGACCAAGAUGAUAUAAAAUAUAAGGGUUUAGAUGAUACUGUCUCUCUUACACAAAAUGCGCUACUCCAGGCGUUGAACAAACUGGGGAAGAAAGAAUUUCAAAAUAAAAUGAUAACUAUGAGACGUCUUGUGUCUAUUGUUGGUUUCAUUUCAGCUAAUGAAGGAGUUUCCAAUAAGAAUGACCGUAAUAUGUGCAUUAAUAUUAUAAAAGACCCCGCAAAUGGAUACUCGUUGGCGGCAUCGUUUGUAAUCUUAUCAAAUUCCAUCAAUUCCAGAUCAGAUGUUGAUGAAUUACUAGAGCGCUUAAAUAUUGAAAGCAUAAUUGAGAGCACAACGGGGAAACUGACAGAUCCUAUGCAAUUCUCAGGAUUCCUAGAUCUUUUAAGAAAAUUAUUGAAUACAUCCAAUGCAAUGUGUUUAUCCGUAGAUACUCUAAGUAAACUCAUCAUAACGUUAAAAGUGUGCUAUGAUCAAACCAAAUAUUUUCAAAGUUUACUCCCACUAUUAUUGAAUCUUUUUAAAAAGUUAGUUGCUGUCUUACCAAGUAGUUCCAUCUACUCUUUAGUAAAUGGUAAUGACACAUCAAUCGCAACGUUAGACAUUACAUUAAACUCUGGAUCACUCAUUGCGUGUCUGGUGCUAGAUAAACUAUUAGUAUCCAGGAAUACCACAAACGAAGCUAUUUUAGUAAAACUAUGGGGAUCAGUAUUUAGUUUCCAAGACUCAAUCAAUUCCAAUGAAGGACUAACUAUUGACAUAUUAUUCCAAAUUACCAAGACCAUAGGUAUUUAUUUGAAGAACUGUAACCUUGGGGCUACUUCUAAUAACCAUCUAUUUGAGAAACAAUCUGAUGGACUAGCUACAAUCCUAACUACAAUCUUGGAUAUGAAGGAUAGGAAAGAGAACGGAGUUGAAAGUGUACUUAACAACGGUAAGUUUAUUGCUGGUAUGAUAUUGAACCUUACAAAAACAGAAGCGACCCUAACUGAAGAUGAAUCAAACCUCAAGAAAAUUGCGACAAAAUUUUUCUAG